ACCUGUUUCAAGACACAUGGAGGAGCAAGGGCUAGAAUUUCUGCAGUUUGCUUUCCGCUGGUUCAACUGUCUUCUAAUACGCGAGAUGCCUUUCCAUCUUGUUACUCGCCUGUGGGACACAUAUCUUGCGGAAGGAGAUGCAUUGCCAGAUUUCCUUGUAUACAUAUUUGCCAGUUUUCUUUUAACGUGGUCAGAUAAGCUUCAGAAGCUUGAUUUUCAAGAAUUGGUGAUGUUCCUUCAACACCUUCCAACACAGAACUGGACUCACCAAGAGUUGGAGAUGGUGCUUUCUAGAGCAUUUAUGUGGCACAGUAUGUUCAACAACUCUCCCAGCCACUUAGCUAGCUAAAGAGAAAAUUGUAAUAUUCAUUAUUUUUUCUCAGUUUGGAAUUUUUAUUUUUAUAUUUUUUCUCUUGCUCCAAUGGAGGAAACCAGCCCACGUUCUCAUAUGAAUUGUGGUUUGUAAUAGC